AUGGCCUUUUUGUUCAAAUCCAAGAAAACUCAACAGGGGACGGCGCUUCCUCCGGCGACGAGGAACGUUCACACCUCCGAAGGUGCUCCGUCGUCCGGCACACCUGCCCUGACGAACGGGGCCAAGGAGGGCAACGCUUUCGCGCAGACGCCCACCCCCAGCAGUAGCUACAACAACUCCCUCAAUUCCGCAACCAGUCCGACUAGCUCGGACCCGGUCAGAAUGCGCCAACGAGCCGAAUCAGAAACACAGGCUCCACGACCGCAACAGACUCCCAAUGGCGUAUCGCCGAACAGCCCGAAUUCCUCCCUCUAUCCAUGGUCUCAGCGUCGCCUGAAUUUCUCGUCGCCCCAAACGAACCCAUUUCCUCGAUAUGGCGCGGCCGUCAAUGCUGUUGCAUCCAAAGAGGGAGACAUCUACAUGAUGGGUGGCCUGAUUGACGGGUCGACCGUCAAAGGCGAUCUGUGGAUGAUCGAGAGUAGCGGUGGUAGCCUCUCCUGCUUUCAGAUUGCAACGGUUUCGGAAGGCCCUGGUCCCCGAGUCGGCCACGCGAGCUUGCUCGUCGGCAAUGCCUUCAUUGUGUUUGGCGGCGAUACUAAAAUCAACGACACCGAUGCCCUGGAUGACACCUUAUAUCUUUUGAACACAUCUUCUCGCCAAUGGUCUCGCGCAAUCCCUCCCGGUCCCCGUCCCGCUGGUCGUUACGGUCACUCAUUGAGUAUUUUGGGUUCCAAGCUCUAUGUGUUCGGUGGACAGGUGGAAGGCUUUUUCUUCAAUGACUUGGUCGCCUUCGACUUGAAUCAGUUACAGAAUCCCGCCAACAAAUGGGAACUGCUCGUCCAAAAUAGCCAUGAGGGAGGACCACCAGAGGGCCAAAUCCCCCCGGCACGAACGAACCAUUCUAUCGUCGGCUACAAUGAUAAAUUAUACCUAUUCGGAGGAACAAAUGGCGUGAAAUGGUUCAAUGAUGUUUGGUCCUAUGAUCCUCGUGCUAACACCUGGACUGAAUUGGACUGUGUUGGAUUUAUCCCGACUCCGCGAGAGGGCCACGCCGCGGCUCUUGUGAAUGAUGUGAUGUAUGUGUUUGGUGGUCGCACUGACGAGGGCGUGGACUUGGGUGACUUGUCUGCCUUCCGUAUCUCCACCCGUCGCUGGUACUCCUUUCAGAAUAUGGGCCCGGCACCCUCUCCACGGUCUGGACACAGCAUGACAGCAUUUGGCAAGCAGAUCAUUGUGAUAGCAGGUGAACCCAGCUCGGCUCCGAGAGACCCGGCCGAGCUCAGCAUGGCCUAUAUUCUCGACACAUCCAAGAUCCGAUACCCCAACGAUUCCCAGUCAAGUGAGCGUGGUGCCGUGCCAUCUGGUCGAAAGGUGAGCGUCGAAAAGCAAGGACCAGCCUCGGGACGUACCUCUCGCGAGGCUCAAAAUGCGACACCAGACCAACAAAUGCGUCGUGGUCCCACCCCAUCUCGUGAGAGCUUAAUCCAAACUUCUGGUUCCAACCCCAACCUGGGUCCAGGAUCUCGUCUUCCUCGAGCCUCGAUUGCCCAAGCGCCUUCCGGGCCCCCGCCCCCUGGCCAGGCCCCUUCGCCAGGCCCCCGAACUAACGGGGCUCAACCCGGAAUGAAUCCUCGCAGCAAAACACCCACCAAGAAUGAGCGUGGAUUCACUCCGACGGUAGAUAUUCGCGCUGCCAAUGCAGAGCGGGGUGCGGAAUCCCCUGUUGCUAAGGAUGCUACGGAUGGCUCGGGAUCUUCGGGUCAACGAACUCCAACGCAGCAGCAAGCACCGAAGAUAUCUGCCAAAGCGAUGGAGGCUGGAGAGGCGGCCCCUCUUAUGACACCUGCCCGCCAAAGAUCCUUGCGCCAACAUCGGCAGCGUGGCUCAAUGGAUAGCGCAGAAGAGUCAGUGCUUGGCCGGCAAGCUGGCAGCAUCGAUGGCUCUAUCGAGUCUCGAAGCUUCCGCAACUCUCGAAGCUUAGGCGACGAGCCCCGCUCGCCACGAUUGACCCCCCACCAGGAGGCCUUGAUCAAGGAGCUGGAGGCUGCAAAGGCUCGCAAUGCCUGGUAUGCUUCCGAACUGUCACUGGCAAAGAAGGGCGGCUAUGUCCCCAACGCGUCUAGCAGCCCUGCCCUAGACGAGCGUGUUCACGAGUCUCUCAAUGAAGAAGACCGCACGCUUGUCGAGGCAUUUUUGGCCAUGCGCGCUGAAUUGACUAAGAUGCAAGCCACCGUGGAUCGCCAGGCAGCAAUUGCCUCUAAGCGCAUCGCGGAAGUCGAGCACCAGCGUGAUGUGGCUGUCAGUGAGGCAGCUUACUCGCGAGCUAGACUCGCCGCCCACGGUGGAAGUCAGCGCGGAACUCCUCAACCAGAGGGUUCUCGCGAGGGAGAAGAUGAACGGCCGACUGACAUGGGCCGUCGUCUUGCAUUGGCUCUGGCGUCUCAGUCGGAACUGAAGGCUAAGCUUGAUAUGCUGACAACCGACCUCCAGCAGGAGAAGCAGGCGAAAGAGCUGGCCGAAGACACCAAUGAAGCCACUCGCAAACGUCUUGCUGAGCUGGAAAUGUCAAACAAUGCGCUUGAGGCGGAGAAUCUGCGUGCUGAACUACACCGUGCUGAAGCUUCCGCCAGAGAAGAGGCUCUGCUUCGCUCAGAAGCUGAAGCUUCCUUGAAGCAGCUCAUCUUGGACAAGGAGGAACUCAUCAAGCAGGCGGAGGAGUCCUCGGGACGGUUGAAGGAUUUCGGUACCAACUUUGGUGGCCUACGGGAAGCUGUUGCCGCGUCAGCUGCUAAGACGACGAUUGUCGAAAAGCGGCUAGAAGAGGAGAGAGAACGCCGUGAGGGAUUGGAAAGAAAGCUUCUACAACUCCGGUCUGAGCAUGAGGAGCGUACUACUGAGCUCGAGAAUACCACUCGUCGUCUGCGUGAAGCUGAGGAGUUGGCUGAAAGCCAUGCCAAAGAAGCCGAAACUCACAAGAUGGCCUUUGUGUCUGGACUGGAGCGCGCUGUUUCUGUGGAUCUGGAUUCUUCUAUUCGAUCUCGUGCUGACCAGCGGGUCGCGGCUUUGGAGGCCCAAGUCGAGCGAUCCACCGCCCUGGCAAAGGCCAACCAGGCGGCCGCAGAUGCCGCAGCGGACAAGUUGCGACGUGCAGAGGAGCGCAUUGCAGGCCUCGAGGCUUAUCAAGAGCAGGCGAGUCGCGAAGGGCUCCAGCUGCGGAGACAGCUCCAAACUGCCAUGAAGGAAAGCCAGGCGGCCACUGCUGAAAGCAGAGACCUCAAGUCCCAGCUUGAGGCUCACCAGCGGGAGGCUGGUGCGUUGAACAUUCAGCACUCCGCCCUCAAGGACCUUCUUGGCGAGCGUGGUGUAAGCGCAGACAGCAGGCGUUCUCCUCGCCUUGAGUCGCCCGGUUCACGGUUCGGAACACCCGAGCAGAGCCGCUUGCGCGAGCUCGAGCAGCAGCUUUCGGCCAGCAUGAAGGCUCAUGAUGAUCUCAGGAGCUCAUUCGAAACCCGAGAGCAAGAAGCCGACCGUGCUUUCCGGGAAAAGCUGGAGCAGCUGGAGAACGACUAUCAAUCGGCGGUGCACUACGUGAAGGGUACCGAGAAGAUGCUGAAGCGCAUGAAGGAUGAGCUGAGUCGUUACAAGACUCAGAAUGCCAAGUUGCAGUCCGAAUUGGAAGUCUCUCAGAAGAACCUGGAGAAUGCCAGCAAUGAAUCCGAUGCCUCCGCUGAAUGGCAGGCUGAGCGCAUCUCCCUCCAGAAGUCUAUCGCGGACCUGGAACAGAGCACCUCCAAUUCGAUUAAUAUUCUUGAAGGCCAGAUCAGUCAGCUCAAGGAAGACCUCGCUGCCGCCGAAAUCGAGAAAGAGAAGUCGCUGAAUGAACAUGAGCGCAUCCGGCAAGACUUGUUCGCUGCUGCUGAACGCAGCCGCACUGAACUCGAGCAACUCAAGAAGGAGAAUGGACAUCUGGAGACCCGUGCAUCGGAUGCAGAGCAAAAGGUCAAUAUGCUGCUGGAACAGGUUGAAACUUCAGUUGGCCACUACCGGCGCCAAUCUCAACAUGGCCAGCUUCUUCCUUCCAACGGAAUCUCGCGCAGCCAUAGUAACGCAUCGAGUAACACUGUCAGCGGGCGACCCCGUGCGGACAGCAGCGUCUCCCAGGACUCUACUUCCUUCCCUGAUAACCGCGGCUCUAUGGCUCUGGACUCCCUCGCCAACGAGCUCGAGGCUCUCCGUAACCACUGGGAAAGCACCAACCGCAACUAUCGCCUCAGCAGCCAAAUGGAUCUCGAGCGCACACCUACCAAGGAGAAUAGCGAUGGCCCUGCGAUGAUGAGCGAUAGCCUCGCCGAGUGGAGGCGGCGGUUGGACGAGGAAGAGCGGGCGGUCGGUAAACUCAAGCCUAUGAGUGCUGGCAAUGGUCACUCCGAGGGCACAUCGAAUGUGAUCUAA